AUGUGCCAUAGCAGUCAGAGGUCAUCUGCUGCACCUUCCUUAUCAAGCAGCCAGUCGUCUUUACCAACGUCAGCCCGGGGGUCUUGUGUAAUGGCAUCUGAUGACUAUGAAGCGGGAUAUAUGCACAACCACCGAAUUUCGCCUGCUGUGAAGGGAAGCACUGCGUUUAGCCAAGAUACUAAAAGUGGGUCAAAUGCGCUGCCAGGAAGCGCUGAGAAUGCAGCUUUCCAGAAAAGGGUGCUGACAUUGCUACAUUCCAUCAGAUAUGAGGUUCAAGAUAUUUCAAGCCAACUAAGUCACAGUCUAUCAAAGUUGAGCAUCCACAAAGAUGUGGACGAGCACGAGAAGCUUUUUGAGGAGCCUAUAAAUAACCUGGACGACUUUGUGGAGUUCGACAACCAGCUGCGAAAUAACAAACAGAAGCAGACCGAAGUGCGUACAUUCCUGGCAAUGUUUGGAGGCCGUGGCACUGCAGACCACGUGGCACGAAUCCUGUCUCGUGUUAUCACGAAUGACCUUGCCACAGAAUUCAGCUGGUUUGGCGCAAGGGGCAAAAGAUCGUUCAAAGACCUUGCAUUCGCAGACCUACUUUGCGGUUGUACAAUGCACACAAUGUACAGGUUAUCUGUAGAGUCCAUCAGAUCUUCACUGCCAAAGGACAAGCACAACACAACGUUCAAGGAUAUUGAAGAUGCAGUGAAAUCAUGGCUACGUCAUGCAAAAGAAAGGAAGGACAGGCAGGCAGAAAAGACGAGCAAAGGGGGGUCAUCGUAA